AAUGAAAGUCACAAUUACAUUGUUAGUUGUCUUAGCUCUUGCUAAUGCUGGUAUGGUUCAAAAAUUCCCACUUACAUAUGGAGGUAAAAGAAGCAUCAUGAACAUCAUGGUUGAAGUUGAAAAUAAGAUUAAAUCUCACUCACCACUUGAUACAAUCAAAGGUGUUCUUGAUAACUUCAAAUCUGCAGUUGCCUAAGAAUAAGGAACUCACGAUGAAGUUUAUGCUGCCCAAUAAGCUGAAUGUGAAAGCGAAAUUUCCUACAGAAGAGCCGAAGUUGAAGAUGCAACUGGUACACUCAAAAUUGCCAAUGGAAUCCUCAAGACUUCCAACAUUUUAUUGAAGAAAACAUAAGCAACUCUUGGUGAAACCGAAAAUAUACUUAAUUCUGUAUCCCUCCACAUUGACCUCAUUAAUGAUGUGAGAAAAGAGGAUACAUAAUCUUACAAUAGAGGAGCUGUCACAUUCAACGAUGCUAUAAAUGCUAUCGAUGAUGCAAUUGAUCUCGGAGUUGCUUUGGUCAAAGGUGAAGCUAGCUUAAUCCAAGUAGCUGAUAUGACAACCAAAUUGAUGAUGGCUUCAGUCGCCACAAAGAUGAACAAAGCUUUCAUGGCUCCAUUGGCUGCUUUAGCUUCUAUCAAACAAGAAGAGGAUGCUGCAGGUGCUGCUGAAAGACUUGUUUAAUUAUUAUAGACAUUAAGAGCUAAUGUUGAAGAAGCUUGGGCCUCAUACACCGCAGAAAACACCAAUGCUUUAGCUCUUUUCACCUAAUAAAAAGAUUUAUACCUUGCUACUUAAGGAAGACUUGAUUCUUCAAAAGAAAAAUUAUCUAGCAAGGCUGAAAACUUAUAAGGAGUUAUCUCAGUCUAAACCGCUGUUGCUUAAGCUGCCACAAAUAAAAAGCAAAGAAACCAAACCUUGUGGGACGAUGCUGCUGAUUUGUGCCACAGUUUUGAUGUUGAAUACGAAGCUGUUACAGCAGGAAGAAGAUAAGAAUUAGUUUUGGUCUAAGAAUUGGAAAGAGCUGUUGAAAGAAGAGCUGCUGAAUAAUAAUGAG